AUGGCAAAGAUCACACAUGACCCAGGUGCUUGCCUUGUACAGGGAAAACUCUCUCAGCUGGUUGCGCGUGAAUACACUGACAGGCUCGGGCUUUGUUGUGGUCGUUGUGACUGUCCCGGAGGAAAGGAAUUACGUGGCACGUGUUCUUCCGCUUCUCCUUCUUUUAACCCUGGCCAGAAAACGGUUAUUUUGGAAUGUGAAAGCUACUUGCUGCUGAUCCUUGACAACCAUGUAGACACUCUUCACUUUAACAGCCUACACCAGCAUGGACCAAGACAUUUAAAACAAAUCUUUCAAGCAGUCGAUGGAGUACAAUUGGAAAGAUUAAGAAAAAUCCAGAUGGGGUGCAGGUGCUGCAAAAUGAUACAAAGCUAUAUCUUUGAUCCAGAAGAAGUACAAUCAUCUGGAUGCAUUCAUGAAGUAAAUAGCUAUAAACACAAUGAACAAGGCAGCAAUAAAUCCAAAGAGAACAGUGAAAAUGAAGAGCCCAAAAAUGAACUCCAGGAGGAUGAGGUAAACAAAACAGAAAACAAAAAUCUGGCCAACAAUAUGAAAGAAACUCUCUGGAAUCACAGAGGCAAUGAUUCUCAAGAGGAUGGCCUUGUGAAGUGUGCUGCAAAGCUUGAUGUUGCAGUCAACAGUGGCAACUCCUGCGCUCAGCACUCCAUACCCAACCCCAAUACAAGCCCAGUGAAAGAAGCCAGUGAAAAGGGAACCUCCAGCCAGUCAGAGGCUUCUCCAGCCAGCAACAGAGACUUUUACACCAAAUCAAAUAGGUCUGGACAAGAGCUUGACCUAGAGACAGGCAAUCAGAGUAAGGCAGCCAGCAAUGUGCCUAUCAGUAUUCCAGACUCCCAGUCUGCAGGAGACAGCAUCUUUCUCAAAGGAAACUCAAUACUGGAAACAGAAAACAAUACCAUAAGACUGCCAGAUAUUGAUUACCCCCAAAAUGGCAAUCAAACUGGGAACUAUGUUGAAAAAGACAGCUUUUCAGUCAACUGCACACAUUCAGACCAAAACACUGGUGCUUCAGCAAUACAGGACCAGGACCUUUGUAUAAUUCCACCUUGGUCCAUGAAAGAGAGCAGUAUUGAACCUUUUAGAACUGACUCUGCAAGUUUGGGUGAGAGCCUUACUGCUGGUAUCACAUCAGUGGCUGUUACCAAAGUCCCACAGGCACCCUCACACACCAACCAUAAUGGAGGAAUCGAGGAGGAAGAUGCAGAAGUUGCAGCAGCUCUGGCUGCACUGGAAGCUGCAACAGCAGGAGAAGACAUGGAAGAUGAUGAGUACUAGAUGGUUUCUUUCUAAUACACUGGGUAAGAUCCAGAUGUUAUUUCUGGAUCAAUAUGAACAGAUAUACAGCACACAUGGAGAGCUGUUGUAAGCAGCUUAUAUAAAAGGAGUUGGGACUAAACCUUGGUCCCUUCAGCUGUUUUAUACAGCCUUUUAAUUUCUACUGCCUGAGGUACAGAAGACCUCCCUUGACUAAUGGUAAUACUCUUUUCUGUGGGCCCAAACAGGAGGGCAAAGCAUCAUUUCUUCCACACAGAAUAUUCAGUUGUACACCCACCUCAUCUGCACUCAUGCAAGUGUUUCCUUUUUUAUCUCAUGAGGGUCUGUGCACACUACAUAUUCCAGGUUCACAAAACUCCCAUUAUUUAAAAGACGACUAUUGAAGCCAUAGAGUUAGAAACCACAUAUUUUCAUCAUUAGCAGAAAAAAACUACAUAAAUGAACCAAAGUUCUGUGAUCUACUGAAACAUGAAAUAGGGAAGGCAGCUUGGACUGAACUUUACUGUGGCUAUGGUUCCAGUAUGGAUUAAGCCUAAAUCUGUGCACGUGCACCUGGCAUUGGAAUGAUAACAUCAUUUUUCCCCACACACCUCUCCCUUGACUGUGUUUGAUACCCCAAGUGUUGCUGCGUCAGUUCCUUAAAACAGCAGAAGUCCAGCCAAAACCAAGAGAGUGGAUAACUUUCUGUCAGUUUAAUGUGCAAAAGCAGCUCUGUCAGAGAGGCCAGAGAGAUCAAAAUUCAUUCCCUACCAGUCCGGAUAGAUUAAAACUGUUGUAAAUCAACAGUCUCAAAACACUGAACUCCACUAAAUUUUCCAGGUGCAUGUCACCUAUCUCAACAACACAGUUUUCAAACAGAUUGUGUCUCAAACAUCCCCAGCAAGAUGUGUUUUGUUUAUAUGAAAACAGCAAGAGCCAAUGUGGACACCUCCUUAGCUCUGCUGUAGUCCCUAAAUUUAUACCAGAAAAGGGACCAAGCUUCCAAACUGGAUUAAGCAUAAGAUCUAAAAAUAGUUGCAUUCUUGGAGGGCUGCAUUUCUAAUGGAAGAAAAAAAAGGAGGUAAAGACCAAUUUGGUGCUGCCAAUUCAGGAAAAGUAUGGUUGAAAUAGAAAGUGCUUAACAUUUUAUACUGAAAUUUUGUGGUUUCCAAGUUUUUGUUAUGAAUGCCUAAUAAAUUUUUUAACCAUAUGAGAAAUAAUCGGGUGGCUUUUGUACUUUAUGCAUUUUCUGAAUAUAAAAGUUACAUUUAAGAAGUUCAAUAAGAUAUAGCCCUCAUUAGAUACACGAAAAGCACCAACAAUGUAUUUGCCUACAGUAUACACUGAUUUUGACUUCUCAAAACGUUAAUGAUACUCCUAGGAGCAAUUAAAACAACCUAAAGUCUCAUCUUCUAGAGAACUAUAUCCAGCUACAGGCAAGAGUCACAACAUUGUAUCUGUAAAAUAAAAAAGCUUUAUAUGGUUUUAAAGUACUGUAGUACUGUUGACUUCUCUACCACUUCCCUAUUUUAAUAGGCCCUUCUAAGCCUUCUCCUAAGUGCAUACAAGUUUUACAUAACCAUUUGUCUUUCAAAGACUACUACAGUACUGAAAGUGGGUGGAAGUGCCAGCACAUUGCCAAUAAUGAACUAUGCUGAGAGUGUCACCAGUCCUGACUGUCCCUGCCCAGGGCUCCCCCUGGCCCAGGACCCCAUUCACCCCCGGGGGUCAGACCUGCCAGCCCAGCCACAGGUCCUGCUGGAGAUGUACCAGGGGCUGUCCUGGUGCUGCUGGCUGCCCCAUGCCCUGGGCUGGGGCAGCAGGACAGACUGGCUCUGGGAUCCAGUCUUGCUGUCCCCAGGGAACCCCUACUGCUCCCCACAUCCCAGCCCCAGGGAGCCAGCAGCCCCUUGCUGCACCAUGACAUGAACCAUGAAAAACAAUUCAAGUAAAAAAGAUGUUACAGAGAGAAAUGCAACAAACACCCCAGAAAACUUACCUGAUUUUUUCAAUAUUCACUCAAUUCGAUUUUUCCAACCUGAACUCCCAGCUCAAACUUCAAGUGCAAAUCACAGCAAGUUUCUCACCUUGCUCUCCAAGCACUAAAACAUGUUAGAGGAGAGCUCCUGGUCAGACACAGCCAAGACAACCCAAACCAAUCAACUCUUCCAGGGGAACUGCCUGCAACCAUGGGCCACCCGCCUGAAACCCUCUGCAUGAGAGCAGCUGAGCCACAGACAGUGCAUGUCUUGCAGCCAAAGACAAAUAAAAGAGGCAAAAUCCAGCAUAAAG